GCUGCUAAUUACUACGUGAAUCAAAAUCAGCACACGACCACUCUUGAUUUUUUUCUCAUCCGAAUUGCAGGGACGCGAUUUGAUUUGCAGCUUUAAUUUGUUGUGUAAAAAAAUCUCGGUGUAAUUGUGAUUAAUUAGGAUCAGGAUAAUCGAAAGGAAAGUUCAAAGUUGGCUGCGGGAAAGCUAACCUCAAAGUUGAAGUCAAGCGUCUGAAGCUAAACGAAGUUGUCUACGAACUGUCACCGUCCGCUGUCAAAAUGUCAUUGCCAGUUUUCCAUUUUCAAGAGCAAUUUACGUCCUGGCAUCCUCUAAGAAUUCUUCAUGAGUAAAGUUUUUUUCGACUGUAUUUAAAAAUGGAAGACGUGAGGCUAUUGAUACAAGAAGAAGGACGAGCUGCUAGAAAUUUGAUAGCAUUUAAUGUACCAGUCGGUACAAGUAAUCCCGAGAAAAUUAUACGAAAACCACCAAGUAUUCCUAGAGCAGCACAAUCAGGUACAAUGAAACGAUCAAUGAAGACCAACGUGCGAGUAAGAUCUGCUUCUACCGGACGUGACAAAAAAUCUGAACUCCAUGCUCGUUAUUGGGCCUUCCUUUUUGGCAAUUUGCAACGAGCAGUCGACGAAAUUUACCGAACUUGCGAGGAAGAUGAAAACGUAUCCGAAUGUAAGGAAGUUAUUCUGGUUCUCGAAAAUUACACUCGCGAUUUCCAUAACUUAAUCGAAUGGUUCAAAGUAAAAUGGGCUUAUGAAAGUACAAUGCCACCUUUAAGAAGAACUCCCUUGGCCUGGGAAGUUCGAAAAACCUCACCUUGUCGUCUCUGGAAUUCAACACCAAAGGCAACCAGUCCCCUCCAAAGAUCGAGUCCCACAGGUUCUGCUUGCAAAAGUCCAAUAGAAACUUCCUUCGACAGCAGAUCAGUUUCCAGCGAUGGAAAAAUUAACUCCAUACAAGAAGAGCCUGACAAAAUAAACAACGAGUGCAUGGAGGACAAAAGAAAUCCUCAAGAAAAGCGCAAAGUCCCUUUAAAUAAAAAUUCAGAAACAACCAACGAGAAACCUCUCGUGUCAAAAGUAGCGAGUAAAACUCCACUCAAAAGACCAACUGCGAUCAAACUAAACGAGUCAAAUGCGGAUUAUAAGCCUCAAAAUGAAAACGAGAAAAAUAACGUUGAUAAGAAUCAGCCAAAACAAUUAAGAAAUUGUCACAGUUUGAACCGAGUGAAGAUCGCGAACAACGAAUCUACGGGUAAUAAAAAUAGUAUUAACGAAAAAAGGAACCUCAACAGUGCAAAGAAUUUAGAAAGCAUAAAGAACGAAAUUAAUUCUAAUAUUAAUGAGACCUACUUAGGAAAAUGUACUGGGAUCGAAAAGAGGAAUAGUCCAGAGAGUCAGAGUGAAAUAAGCAGUUCGGAUGAAAAGAGGAAUGUGGAGAAGGUCUUGUCUAGAGAAAAUUCCCAGAUUGCUUCGAGAAGAGGUGUGAAGCCUGAAAUUAAGAAGCCGAGUAUUGAAGUUCGAGAGACUGCUCGAACUAAAGUUACCAAUAAAUCUAGUGUAGCUGCUUCUAAUUUGACUGCAAAUAAAACUAGAGUUAAGGCCACACCUCAGACAGCACGUCCUGCUUAUUCUACUGUUUCAAGAGCAAAACCUGCGACGGCAAAACUUACGCAAAAUCUUCCGGAGGUUCCGAAGAUGGUUCGAAGUAAAACGACUUUGUGCGCGAGAGGAGCUUCGAAUGCUAAUCAAUUUCGACCUGGAACUUCGGUUAUGGUCAGAAGACAUGUACAGUCUUUUUCUACAAAUCAGUUUCUUUUUCAGGCAUAUGUCCAACGUCGUGAGGAAGGAGAUCGAAGCGACGACAUAAAUGCUUCCGUCGAGGUCCUUCCCAAGCAAAAUGCAAAAGUAAAAGAAGACGGAGAUGGCUGGCAAACAGUUCGAAGUCGAUACAGGCGAGGCAGUAUUCACAAUCUCAACAUGUCGACUCGAUUUCACAAACCAAGUACGGCCACUUCUCUCCCAGCUCUUUGCAUAGACAGUCCAUCUGAGAAAAACAAGAAGCAAUGUUUCACUCCAGAUGGGAACCAAAGACAGAGAAAAUACAAAAGUAUGGGUACGAGGAAUGGAAAUAGGGUCGCGAAUCGUAGAAGUCUUCAAGAGGAUGCCAGAACCGAUGGAAGAAAAUUGUACAGCGACGAAAAAAAUUGCCAAAGAGAUACACCGAAUAUAGCUGAUACUAACUCUACAUCGAUGAUAGCUGCUAUAUUUAAAAGUGAAGCUGAACAGUUGGAGAAGCGAAUCCAGCAAUUUAUGGCUGCCCAGGCUGAGAGGGAGAGAAUUAUUUUGGAGGAAGAGAGAAAAACUGAGGAGGCAGACACCCAGAGAUCUAAGCAGCUUUCUGAUGAAGAAGCAAGUUUGCAGAGACAGAUUAUGGAGCUGGAAUCUACAGAAAUUGACGUGGACACGGAAACUGAUGAAAUGGACGUGGAAAUGGUGUUGGAGAUUGAAGAGGAUAUUUCCAUUGGUUCAUUAAAUGAUAAUGAUGACCUCAGUUUGGAAGAUAGGUACGAGAAUAUGUUGGAGGGGAUGUCUUGGGCUGAGAGAAUGGACACUUUGGAACAAUUGGAAGCUUUAGAUGCUCGACAUCCGGGCCGAGCUUUGGAACUUCACCAGAAACUGUCGUCUCCUUCGCGAAAAAGAUCUCUGGCAGAAACUUUAAGAAGAUUUCAAACAAAACAGGCCUGUGCUCAGGAUAAGCGUCAGAAACUCUUGAUGGAAAAAUCCCAGCGUUUGAGAGAACUUUUGAACAAAGUUGAGGAUGUGAAGAGUGCUAAGAACCAACUGAUUGAAGACAAGAGAAUCAGGAUGGAGUUGAAGCUGAAGAGGGCUGAAGAAAAUAGAACACAGCAUUUGUUGGAGAUUGUGAGGAAAGCUCACGAUGAAGAUUCCAAAUUAAAGGAGAUUGCUUUUAUUAAUGAACUUGAGGCGCAGAAUAAACUACACGAUUUCAAGGCAUUGUGUCAGGAACAGGAAGAACGUCUGCAAGGCAUUCAAGAAGAGCGACAACGUCGACAGGAGGAAAAAGCAGCUAAGGAAGCAGCUGCGGAGGAAAGAAGAAGAGCUAUAGAAGCUGAGAGACAGCUUCGAAUUCAGAAAAUGCGAGACGCUCGUCGCGAGCGAGAAGAGCGAGUUGGUAAAAUGCAGUUGGAAAGGGAAAAAGAACGACAGGAACUCGCGAGGGAAAAAGCUAGAGAUAGGGAAGAGCGAUUAUCAGCUUUGCAUGCUGCUCAAUUGGCAAAUCAAGAAGAGCUGCAGAAAAAAAUUGCUCAGAAACAACAAGAAUCUGCGAGACGGCACGUCGAAAAUAUAGAACACAUUCGUCAAAGGGCGGUGGAAUUGUCGAUUUUAAGAUCGGAAGAAGUUCCUCCAACUCUCAAGUCAUAUCCGUCUCAGAAACAAUGUUCUCUGUGCGGAACAUUUAUCCCGAACGAAGUUUAUCUCCUGAGCCAUGUCAAGGGAAAAUCGCAUUUGGAAGCAGUUCGAAAAUUACACGACGGUCGAGAACCUUGUCGGGAUGAAUUGCAGCGAUUUAAUAUUAGCCAGAUUCACGAUACACAGGUGCCUCUGAAAAAUAGUGGUAAUGUAAGCGAAAGCAAAGCAGCUAAAGAAAAGCAGAAGGCUUUGAAACGACGCAGCAGAAAAAUUAAGCAGCGGAUGGCUGUUCGUGGACAAGAAUGGGAAGAUGCAUCAAAGAAUCAAACUGUCCAGUCCUCGGUGGAAUCCGCAAAUAAGGUCAAGUUUCGGAGAAAUUUAAAAGAUCUCGAGAAACUUUGCCAGAAUCACAUGAAAAAUUCGUGGAGUAGCGGUUCCGUAGCAAGUUUGGAAAGAAAUUUGGGCGAACUCACCAGGUGCUUCUCAAGAACUUCUUGUGCAGAUCAAGACUCUUUUCUGCAGCUGAGCGGAUUUGAUAUUCUAACAAAUCUACUGACCUUAGGUUCAAAUUCACAGAAUGCGUCCAACUCCUUGCCAAGCAAGAGCCUUAUUUCUGUUUUGCGAGUUUACAAAGCUGGAGUAAAUGAACACGCAAAUAACAUCGAAUCUGUAUUACUCAGCAACAAAAUUCUCGUGAUUCUCGAUCUCAUUGUCCAGAGAUUGGAGGCGGUGACCACUCUUGACGAUCACUCUCAGGCUCAGGAAGCUGCUAACAACACAACCGGAAACGGAACUGUAGCGACUGGGGCGAUACAGUUGCUGUGCAGCCUCAUCGGUGAAGUGCCUUUCGAGAAAACCACCCUUCAAGCUCGCUUGCAGGACAUCGUCGGGUAUCUGGUGAUGGGUGGUCUCGUGGAUCGAAUCUCUCGUCACAGUCGAGCCUUGAUCGAGACUGACUUCUUUCUGGAUCAAGACCGAGAUUCGCCUCUUCUUUUGGCUUCCUACGACCUUCUUUCGCGAAUUUGCUGUCAUCUUAAACGAGUUGGUAAUCAGGAGGCAGUCACUCAUCAUGGAGAGAAUGGCAACAACAGUUCUGAGCAAUCUGUUGCAGAAGCUCACCUCCUCAGCAGUCUCUCAUUGACAGAAGCUGCUGGUGCUCUCGGUGCUCUUUAUGCUGCUAUCGCACUCGCCUCACAAAAUAAUAAGGGGUCUUCUCCAACCCCCCAACAAGCUGGUCAGACCUCCUCUGCCAAAAAUCUCGCCAUUAGGGGACUUCGACUUCUCAGAUCCAUCGCUGAAUUGGACCAACGAAAAUUACAAAAUCUUCUGGGUACCGAAGGAACAAGUAUGCAAUGGCGAUUGAUAGCGAGUCAUCUGAUAACGCGACUGUCACGUGAUCCUCUCCCUGACAAAUCAGAAGUUAGUUCGGCCUCGAGUAUUAGCAACAUGUACAUACUCAACGAACUUUUUGUCGUUCUUGGAUAUUUUGCAGUCAACAAUCAAGAAAAUCAGUUGAUACUGCAAUCAGCUGGUGCGGGUCAAAGUGUUCUUCAACAAUUAUGUACUUUACCAUUUCCUUUUUAUGGAGAUCCACGACUAGCUUCGACAACACUUCCGACGCUUUUGGCAGCCACUCAUUGCAACGCAGAAGCGACGGCCGUUUUAUCUUGCGAGCUGUCUUAUCAGCUACUCGAGGAGUACAGAAACUCGGAGGAAGGUAAACUCAACCCUCUGGUACGUUUACUCAAGGAGGCGCCUAGUCUAUAAUAAGCGAAUCGUUCCGGUAUAAAUUGUAUAAUUAGUUCAUUAAUUUCGCGAGAAAUAAGUUCGAACCGAUUAGAGUAUUACAACCUUCAAGAAGGCUUCCACAUUGAACGUCGUUUUAUUUCUGUACCAAUAUUGAAGAAUUUCUGUUCUGAAUAGUUUAAAAAAUUAUUUCCUUCUCUGAAAAAUAAUUUGAUUCGCUCCUUUGAUCUUACUUUGAUUAAAUUUACAUAUAAGAUAGGAACCAGUGAACUUGUAGGAUCGUAUUAUUAAUUUAAUCGAAUGCAAACUUUCUCUCAGGGCCGGUACCUCGAGAUACGUUUAGGUUUACCAUUAUUAUUUAAUGGCUAAUUCUAGAAGACUUUUUAUUUGUUUUGGAAUCGAUUUAUUAACGUUAAUUUGGAAUUAUUUGUCAAGAACAUAGAUUUUUCUGUAUAUUCUUUCACGUUUUUCUUCAACAAUGGGAAUCUUACCCCUCGGAGUUUUGUUUGGAUUCAUACUAAUUCUCCCAGUAAUAGGUCAUUACCAAAACGAAAAAGUUGGGUUUUUGAAACUUUACCACUUCUAUUUCAGGAAAAAUUUUUUUACAAAAAAUUCUAAUUUUUUCAUUCAAUUGAAUUCAUUGAAUUUUGGUCAUUAUUAUUUUCAUAUAAGAUAACAAUAAAAUAUAUAAAAAUAGUAUAAAAGUAAAAUAAAUAUUAAAAUAUAAAUAAAUAGUAAAAUAAAAAAAUAUAAUAGUAGAAUUAAGAAUUUUUUAAGGAUGACACGGCCACUGACUUAUCUUUGUAAUAUUUGCUUCAGAAGUAGUAAAGGUUGAAAAAAUUAAAUUUGUCAUUGAAAAAAUGAUUGAGUGGAAAAACUUUCAUUGUGGUUCAUAUAAGACGCAUGGCUUUUGAAAAGUGUUUUUUAUGAGAAUGGUCAAGAAGCGCACCUUAUUACAUUAGCAUAUUACGAGUUUGGUACUAGGAGAAGUAUGAAUUCAAACGAAAUUCCGAAGCUUGUAGGUUCUUCUUGUAAGUUAUUGUUUAUUAUUCUUAUUAUUUUUUAAAUCGCUUUCUAUGAUAAAUUACUAAAUUUAGAAUAAAAAAUGACUUACUCUAAAGACUUAACAUGUAAUUAUAUAUUAAUUGCGUGAUUAUUCUGGCAAAAGCUGAAGGUUGGAUCAAUUUAUUUCAUUGAAAAAUGGUAUAUUAACGUAAUUUCUGAAAGUAACCGAACAAAUAUGAAUUGUUAAAUUUCUUUAGUUUCAAAACCGGAAAGCUAUCGUCGAGUUUAACAGACGCACCUCGUGCAAUGUGUUCUGCCAAUGCAAUUAUUCAAGUAUUAAUAUUAGCGUAAUUAAGGCUCAUAAAUAAGUUACUGGAGAUUUUUAAAUGAAUUAAAAUGUCGUACAAUCUUUUACAUCAUUUUCAAUUUCCGGUUCUGAAAGUUGCCCUAAUGAAGAUUUAUGUAUUAAUUUUUUAAGAGUGAUAAUAACUCAAAAGGCUCAGCGCAUAAAUUUAAUAUCAUUAUAUCAAUUCCGAAGGAGACAAACGUGAUAUUUAGAUAACUAAAUUCCUUAAGUCCCUGGCUUUGUACUUACCAAUAUAUUUUAUUUAAAUUUAUUAAAAAUGAUUUAAUUGUAAAUUGCCAGAAGGCUGACCCUUUUGAAUUAGUACGAAAAUGUUAACAAAUAAUAGUUAGUGUGCUGCGUAAUGUAUACUUAGUAUCGAUCAGCGACAAAAUAAUACUGUAUUUUUUUAUUGUAGCACUAAGUAAAAUAUUAUAAAUAGUGAAAUUGUAGAAUGUAGAAUUUUCUAAUGUUAUAAGCUACUUUUUCAAAACAUUCUAACAUCUAGUAAUACUUUUUAUUUUGUUAAAAGUUAUUAUAAGCACAUAUUUAUUUUUGCAAGACUUAUGUAGAUAGUUUUAUGAUUAUGGAUCUUUUUGUCGAACAAUAUUCGCUGCGUUUCUAAAUGGUUUUUGCAGGGUUUUUUUUCGUGGAGUAGGCCAGUUUUAAUGUUAAGGUACGCUGAAAUUGAAGAGUUCAGUGAAUAAAUAUGAAUUUUAAGAAAUUCGAGUAGAAUCAAGGUAUAUUCAAGUGAAUUGAAAAUUUAAAUAAAUUUAAAUAAGUUGUUAAUUACACCGACGUCAAGAAGUCAAUUCAACCAUGCAUUCCAAGAAAAAUAGUUACGCGAAAUUCAAGUAGAUUUAAUCGAAUUUAAAGUAAAUUCUCUUGAUCUACUUAAAUUCCCUUGAAUUAACCUGAAUUAUGUAAAUUCUUCACGGUUUACUUGAACUUGUCUUGAGUUAAUUUAAAUUGACCUGAAAUUACUACAAUUUUCUUUGAAUUCAGUGUUAAUAAUUUCCUUGCAUUCUGUUAAAUUUGGUAAUAGAAUUCGAAAAGAUUUGACAGGGAAGUUAGGCGAAUUUAAAACUAAUUUAAGUGGACUUAAGAGAAUUCAGGAACAUUUAUAUAAAAGGGCCUGGGAGGAGGAGCAUGUAAAAGUUGCCUUCAAAGGCUCAUCUUGAAAGUCCAUUUUAGAGAGAGUUAUGGAGGGGGAAAUUAAAAUAAAAUUUGAUUAUUUUCGAAAACGGCUAUUCCGGUUUUUGAAAAUAGAAAUAUAUGUUAUAUUGAACAAGAAGACUGCAUACUGAAAAAAAAAUUAUUUAAAAAAGAAAAAAUAGAGGUAAGAAAAUGUAUUCAAACAUAGCAUUUUUUGGGUUGUAUUUUCAAAAUAUACCUCUAAUCUUGUUUAAAAAAAUGCUUAGAUUAUCUGCUUUUAAGAUAUAUUUUACCCACAUUUUUCACAGGGGCACUUCAUGGCUUAAAAAAUUGUGAUAAUGUAUAUUGCCUUAUACUGAUCGUACUUUUUUUUACUUUUUCGUAGGUUUUCUUACAGAUCAUUUUUCAUAGAAAAAUUAGAAAUUUUCAUGCAUUUUUCUGUUAAAUAGUAAUUUUUUUAAGAAAAACGAUCUUCUGCUUAAGUAUAGAGGGGGUGGGCGAAAUCCUCUAAUGUUGAAUAAUCGAAAAAUGUAAGUAUUCAUCUUUUUCUGAAACCUCAUAAAAUAGGUAAUUUCCGCUAAAAAUCAUUGUAAUUUUGCUUUUUUUGAUCCUUAUUUUUUAUUUUUUUAAAUUCAAAAUUUUCUGUAAAUAGUUUUAUUGGCGACUACAAUAUAUAAUUUGAUCGUUAACAACGAUUUAGCCAUUUUCGAAAAAAAUCCCUUAUUUUAUUUCACUUUCCCCCUCCAUAACUCUGCCAAAAAUGAAAUUUUAAGUUUAUCCUUUAAAAGAAUUUUAUAUACCAUCUUUGGUGUUAAUAUGAACUUUAAACAUGCAGGAGGAAAUUUUGCAUGCUUACCCCCCUGGGACAAAAUUUUAAUUUAAUUCAAAACAAAUUUGAGUGCAUUUAGAAGAUUUGAAGUAAAUUGAUGGGAACUGAAGUGAAUUUAAUUGAAUUCAAGAAAAAUCCAAGUCGAUUCAUUUGAGAUAAUUUAAAAGGUCUUAAAUUGAGUCAAUUAAAUUGAAUUGAAGGAAAAUUACACUGAAUUCAGAUUGAGUUUAAACUUAUUCAAAUUAAAUAUAAUUUAAUUGAAUUGCACUGACUUGCAUUAAAAUUCAAGUCAGUCAAGAUAAAUUCAAGGUGAAUUCAUGUGAACUCUAAACGACAUGCAUACCUGAAUGCAGCAGUGGCCAUUCCCUUCGUUUUUUAAAAUUUGUUUUAUAUUGUGAGGAAAAAAAAUGAAACUGGCUUCUUAAUUCAUCGUAAAAAAGAAUUUUUGAACUACGUAAUUUUCUGAACAUUAUUCUUUCCUCAUUAAUUACGUCAUUUUUAAUUCAAGAAGAUUAA